AUGUUCGGUUGUUUUCGUGGCCCCACCGUCCGGAUUGAGAAGCAUACCAAUUCGUGCGGGCCACCCACAAGGAGCUACCAAUUCAUCCGCUCGUCUUCAACAAAAACCCAGUGCCCGUCUUCUACCGCCCCCACCCCGGCUUCUGUCCGCGUCUGCCGUCCGCCGCCAGAAGUCCAACCGGUGGAAGACAACUUUCACCCUCCUGAGGGGGAUGGUGACUAUCCUCAGCAAUUCAGACGGCACAAUGUGACAGGACCGUUCCACCCUCUUCCAAUAAUUCACCAACACACUCCUCCAAUUCACCCACAUCCUCCUCCAAGUCAGCAAAACGACCCACCUCAGCCCGGUGGCAACGAACCCAUCAUAAUCGAUGACCAUCACCAACCCGCUGUAGCUGGUGUCGCCAAACAUGACCACCGCGGCCGACGCGUCCUCCGUGUUCAUCGCUCGCACCCGCACCGCCGCUCAUUGUCGCGUAAUACCAGCCGUGCUCGAAGCGGCAGCGGCAAAUACUACUCGUCCUACUACGAUGGUAGUGGAGGGAGUAGGCUCAGUAGGGAUUGGGAUGGCAGUGAUUCCUGGGGGGGGACGGUGAAGAGUGGAUACUGGUCGGAUGGGGGUGAUUCUUGGGACGGAAAUCACGAAACGAUCCGGGUUCCAAGAAUUGGCAACGGAGGAAGAGAUGGGAGGAGGGGAUAUUACCUUAAAUGA